UCCAGGACGGUUCAAUGGUGAACCGGAUUACUUAUUGCCCUCGUGUAUACGUCGUUUUUUUCUAGGGUUUGUUUGUAAAGACAGUUCCAUUGCUUACUGUUUUGAAGCUAAAGUUGUGAUUGCAAAUUCACUUCAAUUGUUCGCCAGAGGGUUGAACUGUAUUUCAUUCAGAAAUUAGUGCUAGUCCAUGGCUGAAGAGGCGCAUACACAAGAAGUAGGUAAAGGCCCAAAGAAGAGGAGAAUAGGGCACAAGAAGGGCAGUAAGGGAAAGAAGAAAUUAAAAGUGUUUAAGGGAAAUGGGGAGAAGGUUAAAGUAGACAAGAAGAUGCAGAAACUAUUUCGCAAAAGGGUGAGGGAUUACAAUUCUGAUGAUGAUGACGAGGAGGAGCCUUCCCCUGUUACUAGAGAUAGAAAUUAUCAACCACGGUACAAAAAUGAGUUGUUUGAUGGAAAAUCUUCGGAUGAGGAAGGAGAGGAACAUCAGAAUGAUGGCAUGGAAAAUGAAGCGUCUGAAGAUGAAGAUGGUGAAAUUCAGCCUGGAAUUACAAAGUUCAUGGAAGGCUGUAAAGCAUUCAGGAUGGCAUUCAAGAAAAUUGUGAAGAAGAAUGUUUCUGAUGAUCUGCUGGGUCCAGUAUUAUCAGCACACAAGAAGCUAUUGGCAGAGAAGCUUGCUGAAGAAGAUGCGGAACGGAAAGUCAAGGGGGAGGCAAAGAAGGAGAAACAUUUGGUAGGGGAGAAGGGGCAUGUGAAGCCUGCCAAUUUCUUGGACUCGCAUGAAAAGUUUCUUAUAGGAGUUGCUACAAAAGGAGUUUCAGUGGUCAAGCUAUUUAACGCUGUUAACAAAGCUCAAACUGCUCAGAAAGGAUUGAAUCCUUCUAGGUUUAAAGACGCCAAAGCAAUAAGGAAGCGGAGGAAAGAUGCCUUCUUUUCAGAGUUGGGCAAGACAUCAUCACAAGCACCUGGAACUCUUACCAUGGCUUCUACAUCGACAGGCACAGUGGAUGGUGAAGCUCCUUCGUGGGCUCCAUUGCAGGAUGGUUACAUGCUAACAAAUCCCAAGUUAAAGAACUGGGAUAAGAUGCACGAAACGACUGUAGCUGACGAUGACAUUGGAAGGAUGUCAUCGGAUAGUUCAUCAGAGGAUGUUGACUAAUUUCAUGAAACUUCAGAAGGAGCUGUGAUGAGCUUUGUUGUUGAUGUCCAAGGAAGGUUCCUCUCCGUCAUGGAGAUAGUUUGUGAUGUGUAUUUAGUCAAAUACCAGAUGGAUGGACGUUUCAAGUGAAUUUUGAUCGAUCGUUUUUGCUUCACAUUAUUCUGUGGUUUAAAUCUCUCUCUAUAUGGUUCGGUGACUGGCUGCACCAGAAGCGCAUUCCAUUCAGGAUUAGUGGUUUGCACCAAGUGGUUUAAUUUAAUGUGUUCCAACUCAAAUUUAGUGCAGAGGAAAUUAUUGAUAAUCCGGUUUGGUAGGCACUUCUUUUGAUUUGUAACAAUGAUUUUAAUUGCUUUACAUAUCACUUGCAUGACUUUUUAUGUGAAAAAAUAUGAUGGAAAACACAAUGAAGUAUAUUCAUUUAGUAAUAUUAUUUUUGUGAA